AUGGAUAAAAAGAUAGUGCGCAAAGGGCCGCUGCCUGUGGGUCGCCGGGGCGUGUCUGGAGCUGGCGCUGGAAGCGGCAACAUGCCGGCCGCCAGCCGAGCGCGAGGAGCUGCACGGUCACCUAGCAGCCCUCCGCAUCCAUCAUCCCCACCAGAAGGCUUGGUGUCGGCUGGGUCAUCUCGGACUCAGCAAACGGCACCCGCCGCUGGUGGAGCACGUCGCAUGCGUUGGUCACAAGUAAUGAACGCAAACGCACUGCGGGCGUACUUUGGGGCAAAAGGGGAAGAAACUGGAUGUUUGGCGUAUCGGGCUAGGAUGCAUCGUCUUUUUGCUAAGCUGGAGCCAUCUUUAACCGUCACAGAGCAAAACCUGGCAGACCGAGUUCGGUAUAUCUUGUGCUCAAAUAUAUUUGAUGUCGCCGAACUCGAACGGCUACGACGUGAGGCUGUUCCCUCAUCGGAUGAAAAUGCUACGGCUGGGGAUUCGGCGCCACAAAUUGUAGAGCAACCCGCAAAUGGAUACCGCCGUGAAUAA